GUUCUCCCACAUAAUGCCAACUAUGAGGUAUCUUCCCCUGUAAGCUUUAUGAGGAGUACUUCAUUAGAACCAGUAUAUAACUUUAAACAUUCGAACUUUCUGCACACACCAAUUCAAUCUCGAGCCCUAGACAAUGUCUGGCGAAACAAAGUUCAGCGUCUUGUCCAGUCUCUUCAACUGGAUUCAGAAGAGCAAGACGUCGGCAAAGAAGAAGUCGAAGUUCAGGAAGUUUCUGGACAACUUCUGCAAACCGUCGGACUACUUCAGUGCCAUCAGGUUGAUCCUACCGAGCCUGGAUCGAGAGCGAGGCACGUACGGCCUCAAGGAGUCUGUUCUCGCCACCUGCCUCAUCGACGCCCUUGGCAUGUCCAGGGAGUCCGACGACGCCCUCCGCCUCGUCAAUUGGCGGAAGGGCGGAGCCAAGACCGGCGCCAAUGCCGGCAAUUUCUCGCUCGUUGCCACCGAGGUGCUGCAACGCAGGCAGGGGAUGACUUCUGGUGGACUAACAAUCAAGGAAUUAAAUGACUUGCUUGAUCGCUUGGCUUCGAGUGAAAAUAGGGAAGAGAAGGCUUCUGUCCUUUCUGAACUGAUCAGGAAAACAAAUGCACAGGAAAUGAAGUGGAUUAUCAUGAUAAUUCUUAAAGAUCUGAAGUUGGGAAUUAGUGAAAAAAGCAUCUUUCAUGAAUUUCAUCCGGAUGCCGAAGACUUGUUCAAUGUCACCUGCGACUUAAAACUAGUCUGUGAAAAGUUGAGGGACCGAAGUCAACGACAUAAACGCCAGGACAUAGAAGUUGGAAAACCUGUACGCCCUCAACUAGCAUUGAGGAUUGGUAAUGCAACUGCUGCAUGGAAAAAGCUUCAUGGGAAGGAAGUUGUUGUUGAAUGCAAAUUUGAUGGUGACCGCAUCCAAAUCCAUAAGAAUGGAGCAGAUGUUCAUUUCUUCUCGAGGAACUUUAUUGAUCACCCUGAAUAUGGACAUGCAAUGUCGAAUAUCGUUAUACAAAAUAUUCUUGUUGACAGGUGUAUACUUGAUGGUGAAAUGCUGGUCUGGGAUACAUCCACGAACCGUUUCGCUGACUUUGGUUCAAAUCAGGAAAUAGCCAAGGCUGCAAAGGAGGGGCUUGACAGUGACAGACAGGUUUUCUGCUAUGUUGCGUUUGAUAUUCUUUAUGUUGGAGAUACGAGUGUUAUUCACCAAAGCUUGAAGGAACGGCAUCAGCUUCUACGGAAAGUUGUGAAGCCUAUAAGGGGCCGUUUAGAAAUUUUGGUUCCUAAUGGUGGUCUUAAUGCCCAUUGUCCUUCCGGGGAUCCGUGUUGGUCAUUUAUUGCUUAUAACGUGGAUGAUGUUGAGAGGUUUUUUAAAGCAACUGUGGAAAACAGAGAUGAAGGAAUUGUUCUAAAAGACUUUGGUUCCAAAUGGGAACCAAGUGAUCGGAGUGCAAAGUGGUUGAAGUUGAAGCCUGAGUACAUUCGAGCUGGCUCUGAUUUAGAUGUUCUCAUCAUCGGAGGAUACUAUGGUUCUGGACGUCGUGGAGGGGAGGUGGCGCAAUUCCUGGUGGGCCUUGCAGAGCGUUCACCUCCAAAUACAUAUCCCAGGCGAUUUAUUUCCUUCUGCAGAGUGGGUACUGGACUUUCUGAUGAGGAGCUUGAUACUGUUGUAACCAAGUUAAAGCCGUAUUUUAGGAAAAAUGAGUACCCAAAGAAGGCACCACCAAGUUUUUAUCAAGUUACAAAUAACUCUAAAGAGAGGCCAGAUGUUUGGAUUGACAGCCCUGAAAAGUCAAUUAUACUUUCUAUAACCAGCGAUAUUCGAACAAUAAGGUCUGAGGUAUUUGCUGCACCAUACAGCUUGAGAUUCCCACGUAUUGAUCGAGUGAGAUAUGACAAGCCUUGGUAUGAGUGCCUUGAUGUUCAAUCUUUUGUAGAGUUGGUACAUUCAAGCAAUGGUACCACACAGAGGGGAGCAGAUUAUGGAGUUGAGCAAAAUAAUAAUAAUAAUAAAAGACGCAAGGAAUCCUCAAAAAAAGGAGACAAAAAGAAUGUUUCUAUUGUUCCUAGUCACUUAAUUCAGACUGAUAUUUCUGACAUUAAGGGAGAGACUUUGAUUUUUUCAAACAUGAUGUUUUACUUUGUCAAUGUGCCUCCAACCCAUUCUCUGGAUUCCUUGCACAAAAUGGUGGCUGAAAAUGGGGGCAAAUUCUCAAUGAAUAUGAAUAGCUCAGUUACUCAUUGUGUUGCAGCUGAAAGCAAAGGGCUCAAAUUUAAGGCGGCAAAGCUUCAUGGAGAUAUUAUUCAUUGCUUGUGGCUCUUUGAUUGUUGUUCACAGAGAAAGCUCCUCCCUUUACAACCAAAGUACUUCCUCUUCCUUUCUGACUCUUCAAAGAAAAAGUUAGAAGAAGAAAUUGAUGAAUUCUCUGACUCUUACUACUGGGAUCUUGAAAUUACAGAAAUUCAACUGCUCUUAAGCAACAUAAAUAGAUCAGAAGAUCCCAGAACUGUUGAUUACUAUAAGAAAAAAUACUGUCCAAAGGAUAAAUGGUGUCGCUUUCAUGGCUGCUGCAUUUACUUCCACCAUUCAAUACAAUCUUUGAAUUCGGAUUCAAAAUUUUUAUUGGGACUUGCACUGAGGAGGAUGAAGAUUGAAGUGUCCAUGGGUGGUGGUAAAGUCAUCAGCAACCUUUCUAAUGCUACCCAUAUUGUGGUCAUGUCACUGUCGAGAUCUGAUGCUGACUUCGAUACUAUAUUGAAUAGUUUCUCAGCAGAUGAGCUACAUUUUAUACGCAACAAAAGGUUGCAUGUUGUUGCUUCUCAAUGGUUGGAAGAUUGCCUUGAUAAUGAACAGAAAUUGCAAGAGGAAACAUAUAGCUUGAAGCCUGAUGGCUUUGAAGAGUCUGGUGACUGUAAUCAUGACUUCAGUCUAGAAAACUUCUCUAGCUUGGACAAUGUAGAAAAGCAGUGUGUGUUAUCUUCUCCACACAAAGAUGGAAUACAGAGAAAAAGCGAAGCUUCUUUAGAUCACCCCCGAGUCUUGACUUUACCCCCGAGGGAUGGAAAUAGGAAAAGAGAAAGGCCCGCCACCACGACCACUAGUAAAGGGAAAAUAGGUGUCAUCCAACCUCGAAGGACACGGGCGCGGCUUGGAAACAAGCCUGCUAAAAUACAUGAAAUUGAAUCAGAUACAAAUGCUGCUUCAAAUGAAGACACGGUUAUGAAAGAGUCCGAAAUGGGAGGACCAAAUCAUGGAAGCAUUGGAUUGAUAGGUCAGGAGAGUACAGGAAUCCGAGAGAAAGAGACAGUAGAAGAUUCCGAGUCAUUGCAAAGAGGCACGGCAGUUAACCAAAGAGGCAUGGCAGUUAACCUAGAGGUUGCAGAAGAUAGUGAACAGAAGGAAUGGUUAGAUAGAGCUCAUGUAAUUGAAUCGGGCAGUGGAUAUAAUGCCAAAGGCAGUGAGAGGCUUGAGAAGCUUGAAGUUAUGGUUGAUCCUGUCCAGGCCAUGCUAUUAGACAUGAUACCGAGCCUUGGGACACAGAAAGUUGAAACUAGCAAUCCUUUUCUUGAAGAUGAGAAGCCACCGGUAGAUCCUGAUGCAAAACCCGUAAAGAAAAAGAAAAUCAGCUACAGGGAUGUUGCAGACGAGCUGCUUAAGGAUUGGUAACACUGUCACAUUUCCUCAGAUUAACUUUUUUCCAUGACUUUUUUAGUUGUAUAUAAAACCAUGUUGGAAGCAAUGGAUGAAACGGAUCUGUUAGUAUAUGGCUCCAUUCCUUUCUUGUACUGUACCAUAUCUAUAGUAAUGACAGAUGUGGCAGUUAACUCAUAAUCUUUUGCUGUUGUAACUACUAACUGGAACAUGUUGCAUAUCAGUUUGGAACUUUGUUAUCUGAAGUGGUGUCCAAGUGUAGUUGUAAACCUAAUGAAUUCUAUAAUUGUCCAAAAAGUUAUUUUAUUUUUAUUUUUAUUUUUAAUUUAUUAAA